UUGCCACGCGGGACACUGCGCAGCUAAAACCCAUAGAACCCUAGCGUUCCUCUCCCUCCGGAAUUCGAUCCCCGAACUGCCACGCCGAUGAUUCCUCCGUCGCCAAGGCGGAAUCUUUGAUCCUCUUGAUGCGCCAUUUGCCCCGAUUUGGAUCAUUCCUUAGGUGCCCUAACGUCCUGUCUCUCGCCCCUGCCUUCUGCUCCUCCUCCGCCGCCGCCGCCGCAGCCGCCACCGCCGCGGCUGUUGAAAUUGAUGGCUCGUUUCCUAUUGUAGAGAACGACGCCCGUCCUGCUUGUAAUUACUCUGACCGGGGCUCCUCCGGGUUGGCAUCUCAUCUCGUCUUGCGAAGGCUGCGAUCUCUGGAGCGGAAACCUGACAGAGCUCUUGCUUACUUCAAUCGUAUCGAGGCUCUCGGAUUUCACCACGACCGCUCGACCUACUCGGCUAUUGUAAGAAUCUUAGCGAAUUCUUGCCGAUACGAGCAGUUGGUGACUGUAUUUGGGAAAUUGAUAUCUUCAGGUAGGGACAAUGCUGUCGAGGUGUUGGCGUUAUUGGAUGCCCUUGCGCCGACAUUAAACGAUUCGCCCUCGUUAAAUUGUGCAUUUGAUUCGAUGAUAAUAUCCUACACCUCUUAUGGGACAACUGUAGAAGCCGUGGAUGUGUUCUUCCAGCUGAUUUCACUAGGUUUUGCUUCAUCCCCAUGGUGCCGCUCGAUAUUGAUCAAGUCUAUUGCUGAAGAUGGUAACUUGGUGUUGAUGAUGGAAGUUUACAACCGCUUGAGGGAGUUAGGGAUUAGUUUGGAUUCUAGUGUAUUUUUGGUGGUGAUCAAGGCUUUGUCUCAGGGAGGGAAGAUUGAUGAAACACUUCAAAUACUCCGUGAAAUGGAGGAAUCUGGAUUAAAGCCUUCUCCCCAAGUUUACUCGGCUAUUAUCAAGGGCUUGUGCACCUGUGGAAGAUAUGAAGCUGGUUAUGCUAUUCUUGAAGAAACCUCAAGAAAUGGUGUAGAUGUGGAUGUUUUAAGCUAUAACAGGGUGAUUGGUUGCUUGUCUAAAGAUAGACGAUUACAUGAAGCUGAAGAUCUUUUGAAGAAGAUGAUAGGAAGAGGUGUGCACCCAGAUGUGUACAGUUACAAAUUUCUUAUUCAGUAUUACUGUGAAACAGGGAAUCCAAUAAGAGCUCUGAAUUUUUGUGAUGAAAUGUAUUCUAAGGGCCUCAGACCAGAUGCCAGCAUUGCAGGCUUCAUCGUUCUUUGCUGCAGCAAGUUGGGUAUGGAUUCUGAAGCAUUGGGGUUCUUCGAGAAGGUGAAGACCUCUGAGCUUUAUGUGGAUGCAGUUCUUUAUGAUAUAGUUUUAAUUGCUCAAUGCAGACUGGGGAGAAUGAUGGAUGCAGCAGAGACGUUCCAAGAAAUGAAGAAUAAGGGCUUCAUUCCUGACAAGAUCCACUAUACAAAUUUAUUAAAUGGCUAUUGUCGCAAGGGAGAAAUGUAUAAUGCCCAGAAGGUAUUUGCUGACAUGGUGAAGAGUGAUGUUGAGCCUGAUCUUUUAACUUACAAUGCGCUUGCUGGUGGAUUUUGUAGGAAUGGAUUUGUCAAUGAGGCAUUUAAACUUUUAGAUUAUAUGUUGAAUAGAGGCUUCGAACCUAAUGCUCUCACCUAUAGUGUGGCUAUUGAUGGUCUAUGCAGAGCUGGGAAGCUGAAGGAGGCAGAAAUGCUUUUUGAGAUAUUGGAACAAAAGAAAAUUUCACAAUGCACUAUUAUUUUUAGCGCAAUGAUUUGUGGGUAUCUGGAAUCUGGUUGCACAAUAAAAGCUUUUGGGCUUUUUGUUAGACUUCAGAAGCAAGGCUCCAUUGUUGAUGAUAUUGCUCGCUCAAGGCUUAUAAACCAACUGUGUCGGCAAGGGGACAUUGAAAGAGCUUCCUCUGUCUUCAGGUUGAUCCAAGAGAGGCAAAUUGUGCCUAAUGAGGUUUGUUAUAAUAAUCUAAUUGCAGCUUAUUGUCAGGUGGGAGAUAUAUGCAAUGCUCGGCUUUUGUUUGAUGAUUAUGUAAACCGAGGCUUUUCACCCGAUGUUAUUUUGUAUACAUCGAUGAUAAGUGGAUACUGCAAGACCAACCGCUUUCAAGAGGCCCAUGAGUUGUUCUGUCAAAUGAUAGAGAGUGAUAUUAAACCUGAUGUUAUCGCAUAUACAGCAAUCUUGGAUUGCCAUUUGAAGGAAAAUUUGCACAAAGCAAGGUUAGGCCACAAUAAGGAGAAACAGAAAACCAGAGCCUGGGAAAUAUUUUAUAAAUUGGCGAAUAGCAUGAAGGCUAUGGAAGUCCAGCCUGAUACUGUCUGCUACACUGUGUUGAUCAAUUGGCAUUGCAAGAUGGAUUAUCUCGAAGAUGCUCGUAAACUAAUAGACGAGAUGUUUGGAAAUGGGCUUGCACUUGAUGCUUUUGCAUAUAAUGCUCUACUCUCUGGAUAUUGCAACCGAGGAGAUAUCGAAACAGCUAAAAACCUGGUAGAGGAAAUGCAAAGUAGAAAAAUCCAGCUUACCAAGCUUACCUUCUCAAUCUUAGCUGAGAAGCUCAAGAUCUAGCAGACUUAGUGUGCCAACGCGAUUAGUUCUUUCCGAGUAAGCACUCUUGACUUGUCAAUUAUUAAUUCAAUGGCGGGAAUGAAGACUUUCCCAACUCACAUUGAAUUGCUGUGGCAAAGAUUUGCUAAGCACCAUACAUCACUCUGAAAUUUUGUGUGCAAUGGAAUCGAUACUGGAUUUUGGACUCCUGGUUGUGUUAUUUCUGCCCUAAUUCCAUCAUUUUCAACCAAAGCAAUUUCCAGACCGUCACAGCACAUGCAUCAUCAGGUUUUCCGGUUGAAGAGUUGAAGAAUUGGCAACUGCAGUGCAGCUUCUUGUCAAGAUGGAAUUAGGAACCUUCAAUUAUAUAGAGAGCAAACCAUUGACACCUUGAGAAAUUGGGUUAAAUUUGCUUGAAGGUUAUUUAUACUGUGAAUUUAAAAGAUGGAUGUACUUUGAGAAACAAUAAUUAAUUUAAGUACUUUGCCUGACUCGACUCGGCCCUUAAGGGUUGGAUCGCGCCGCGCCAGAUCUGGCUUGGUCUUCUUUUAUGUUAGACUGAAACACUUAGAUGAAGUCAUAUUACCACCCAA